GGAAGAGGUGGUGCUUCUAGCUGCUUCAUUUGGAGUCAUUACUUCCCUUAUUAUCAGUUUCAUCUCAUUUUUUUUGCUAGCACAGAGUAUGUAAAUUAAUAUAGUAAAGAAUCCCAACAUCUUUUUUUUUUUAAGCAGACUUUGGGGAAGUUGAAAAGUUAUUUAUUUUCUCAUGUUAAGGAAGAAGAAAUGAUGACUUACUAGAGAAGAAAAGUAAAAAGCGAUCUGGGAACACUGAAAAAGGAUUACUUAUAAUAUCACAUCUUAAUGACAGAAGGUAUCAUGCUCAACAAGAAAUAAGAUGACUGCUCCAAAUAAUCAAACUUAUUCUAUUUCUACCAAUUUACAACCUGAAGAAUACAAGAUUGCAGCACUGGUCUUUUAUAGUUGUAUCUUCAUAAUUGGAUUACUUGUGAAUGUGACUGCUCUCUGGGUCUUCAGUUGUAGCACCAAGAAGAGAACAACUGUAACUAUAUAUAUGAUGAAUGUAGCAUUAUUGGACAUAGUCUUCAUAUUGUGCUUACCCUUUCGUAUGCUUUAUUAUGGGAAAGGUAAAUGGCUCUUUGGAGAGACUUUCUGUCACAUUCUUGGAGCUCUCACAAUGUUUUAUCCAAGUAUUGCCCUUUGGCUUCUUGCUUUUAUUAGUGCUGAUAGAUACAUGGCUAUUUUGCAGCCAAAACAUACCAAAGAACUUAAGAACACAAGCAAAGCAGUGCUAGCUUGCAUUGGAAUUUGGAUAAUGACUCUUGCAACCACUACCCCUCUAUUAUUUUUAAAUGAAGAUCCAGAUAAAGGCUCAAACCCUGCCAGCUGCCUGAAAAUUUUUGACAUUAUCCACUUAAAAGCAAUUAACAUACUGAACUUCACCCGUUUGAUUUUUUUUUUCUUGAUUCCAAUUUUCAUCAUGAUUGGAUGCUAUUCAUUCAUUAUUAACAGUCUACUUCGUGGCCAGACUUCUAAGCUGAAACCAAAGGUCAAGGAAAAGUCCAUAAGAAUAAUUAUUACUCUGAUUAUACAAGUGCUUUUCUGCUUUGUCCCCUUUCAUAUCUGUUUUGCUUUUCUAAUGCUACAAGAUGAGGAAAACAGAUUCAAUCCAUGGAGUACCUUUACCACUUUUCUCAUGAAUCUCAGCACAUGCCUGGAUGUUAUACUCUAUUACAUUGUCUCAAAACAAUUUCAAGCCCGAGUCAUCAGUGUUAUGCUAUAUCGAAAUUAUCUUCGAAGUGUGCGCAGGAAGAGUUUUCGAUCAGGUAGUUUACGGUCACUAAGCAAUAUAAAUAGUGAAAUGAUAUGAUCAAUAGUUAUUUAAAAUCAAGUAUCAGAGAACUACAUAUAGACAAAGAGUACAUUAAAUGUACUAUGAAGCAUCAUUAUAAUAGCCCCACCUACUAUAAUAUAUUUUAGGAAUGCUUUCUAUUGAACUCAUUAUAGGACAAAGGAAAAAAAUUCUUAGCUAAUUUAGUAACUAUUAUAUUCAUUCUUUCAAAAAAAAGGCCUUUAUAUGAAUUCAUGAUGAAAAGACAUGAUUUCAAUUUAAUAUUUUUAUUCAGGCAGGAAGAAAAUGGAAUCUCAGGUUUGGAAAAAUGACCUUUACCUGAAGAUAAACCUUCUAUAAAACAUUUUGGACAGGUGGUCAUCUAGUCUUUUUCUGAUGAUCUGUAAUUAAGGAAAACCAACUAUUUCCUAAAGAAGCCAAUUUAUCUUUGGAUAACUAUUAGGAAAUAUUUCCUUGUAUCAAGCCAAAAUUUAACUCUUUUUUUUUUCUGGUUCAUGGCUUCUAGUUCCAUACUCUGGGUCCAAGUACAAUUAGUUUGCUUCUCACACUGAAUCUAAUGGUUACUUCUGUCAAACAGUUCCUUUUAAUGGAGUGGAAAGAGGAAAAUUACUAAGCUGAUCAACUAAAAACUUCAUUUAGCUGAAAUUGCCAUAUACAGAAUUUAUCUACUAGGUAAUCUGGAACAGAAGUUCUCAAUACAAUAUCUAGCACUAACAUUCCAAAUAUCCACUUGGAAAAAUUCUGAUAACAGCAGCUAUGAUUUCGCUGGGGUAAUGAAUAGAACACUGGUCUUGGAGGCAGGAGACCUAGUUUUAAUUAAUUUACUUUCUCCACACCUCAAUUUCCUUAUCCGUAAAAUAGGACUAAGAAAAGAUGACCUCUAAAAUCUCUCUCAGAUGUAGACUUAUGAUCCUAUAAUUCUAGAUCCUGGAUAUCCCACCUACCUGCUGAGUGACCUUGAGCCAAUUCCCUUAAUUGCUUUGAAUCUCUAUUUCCUAAUUAGUAAUAAUGUUGUUCAUUGGUUUCAGUUAUGUCCAACUCUUGCUGACCCCAUGUGGGAUUUUUCUUGACAAAGAUAUUGGGAAGGUUUGCAACUUCUUCCAGCUCAUUUUACAGAUGAGGAAAUUGAGGCAAACAAGGAAUAAGUCAUUUGCCCAGGAUCACACAGCUAGUAAGUGUCUGAGACCAGAUUUGAACUUGAGAAGACCAGUCUUCUAGGCUUCAGGCCUGGUACUCUAUCCCCCCACAGCACCUAGCUGCCCCCGUCCAUCAGAAAUAUAGGGAUAAUUGUGUGAAUUUCCUACCUCAGAGGUUUGUUGUGAAGAAAGCAUUUUGUAAAUUGUAAAUGACUAUAUGAUUAUGAACUGCUAUUAUUAUUCUAGUCCCUAUUUCUAGAGAGUUGAAUAUGAUAGAAAGAAAAAGAGAAGGAAGAGAUUAUAAAAGCUAUGCCUAUGAUUCCAUUUUUAGAUAACCUUACAGUUAAAAUGGUAGCAACAGGUACUCCAAUGUUUUGACCUAUAUUACAUAAUGCCAUAGUUUCCUUUUCUACUAUUAGAAAAGACUAUUACACAUGGGGAUUCCUGUAGCUAAGUUGAGUAGAAUGUAAGUUUCUUAUAUAGCACAAUCCAUAGACAUAAUGAAGGUUUAAUAAAUAUUUACUGAAUAGAAUUCCAACAGAUGAAGUGAAUUUAUGAUACACCAAAUCACACAAAUGACUUAAUUCAUUUUUUUAAGUGCUAUGGGGAGAAAAAAAGGUGAUUACAUAAAAAUUUCUCCACUAAAUUAAUUCUCCAAUAUAAAGCAAAUUCCCUUCCUAGAAGACAAUUGACUUCAAACAAACAAACAAAAAACUGCGGUUUGCUCUCUAAUGUGAUACUUGUCAGUUCACAUUCAAUAUAAACAAAUGAGGCAAUAAAAAUGUUUAUUAUGUCAAUAUAAACUCUUCAAGAACUUAAAACUGUUUUUUUUAAUGUUUAAGUCUUUUUCUGUAAGAACAACUGUGUAAACAAUAAAGAAUAAGUCAAGAUUA